ACACGACAACGACUCAGAACAGGGAUGCCAUCAUUCUAGUUCAUUGAAUUCGCUCCCUAACUUUAUGCUGCUGGCUGUCAUUUAUAUUCAUAGCAAUUCCGAGAUUGCGACUUCUGUGAUUCCGUCAUUCGUUCUCUUCCAUUCGACGGCGAAAGGUGUGUUUGGUGUGUUGUGCGCUUCGCUUCUAUAUGAGUCUCCAGAAAUAAAUUUCAUUUUAUUCUUUUCUUUUGGGUUUUUGCUCUUGUCUGGUUGUAAAUUAUCGUUUUCAUUCUUCUCAAAACUCGCUUUGUCGGUGAAUGCAAAAUAAUCCAAAGGCGGUUCGAUCUGUUUGAUUAAUUGCAAUAUUCUAGCGACGAUUUAAAAAUUCUAAUCAGAAACUGCUGCUGUUGCAGGUGUAUAAUAGCGCAGCGCAAAAAAAUUAUUGUUAAUUUCCCAGAACGUGGCUGGCGAAAGAAAGUUUUGCGUGUUUUGUGUCUGACGACGAGAAAGGCUACCUAAAGCGCCACUGUUUUCUCAAAAGAUAAAAAAUAAGAGGGAAAAAAGUGCAAAAAAUAAGAAUCUGCUACAGAUUUUUGUGAAAAUUUUCACCCGAAAAUUGUGCCGCAUCAAUAAAUUGAAAUUCUUUAAAGUGUUCUUUUCGUGAUUUGGGAUUACCUACCUACUCUUUUUUUUCGGGUGAUUCUCAAAUUGGUGUUGGUGUUCGUGUGGUAACGACACGACGAAAAUAUUGCGCGUGUGUUUGUGUUCACCCAUCAGUCAGAGUCAGCUCUGAAAGCCGUAAAGAAUUACUAUAGCCGAUUUUUGUUGUUUUUGUUGAAUAACAAGAACAAUCAAAUAGUAAAUAAACAAUAAAAAAAAAAUAACACCGGAGAAGGAGUACAGUUGCGGAAUUUCAUUUUGAAAUCAGAGAUUUUGAUUUGAAUGUUGCUGUCGGAGUUUUAAAUAUUAAAAAGGAAACAUUUAACAAAGAAUUCCUCCAAUUGAAUAUAAUAUACUUCUUACAAUUUACACCAUCACAAUACCACCUCUAAAAAAAAAUUGUAUAUAAUUAAACAGCAAAUAUGAUGGAACUAGAACCGCGAGUUGCUAUACUUCAAGAUCUACGCUUACAGACUUUUGAUUCGAUACGUUUUGCCUCAUAUCGAACUGCAUCGAAACUUCGCUACAUACAAAAAUCCACAAAUCUUCAUCUUGUCGAUAUAUGGAACGUGAUUGAGGCAUUUCGUGAGAAUGGCCUCAAUACAUUGGAACCACAGAGCGAAGUUAGUGUGGCAAGGCUAGAAACACUUGUAUCGUCGCUGUAUCAUAAUCUCAAUAAGCGUCUUCCAACUGCACAGCAAGUUCCUGUCGAUUCAAAAGCUGGACUUUUAUUAAAUUGGCUUUUGGCUGCAUAUACUAGUGAUAACUCAGGAAAAAUCCGAGUCUUCUCCAUAAAAGUCGCUCUGGCCACCAUGUGUUCAGGCAAACUUGUCGAUAAAUUACGAUAUAUAUUCUCACAAAUAUCAGAUGGUGCCGGUCAACUAGUCCCAUGGAAACUUGGCGAAUUUCUACGUGAAGUAUUGGCGCUACCCGCCGCCGUUUAUGAAUCACCCACAUUCCAUUAUAAAGAAGGCCUCGAAGAGGAAAUCUUUCCGGCUGAAACGAAAGUCACUGUAAAUGAUUUUAUGGCAAUACUUAUGUCUGAACCAGGACCAUCGUGUCUCGUCUGGUUGCCAUUGCUGCAUCGCUUGGCCACGGUCGAGACAAUCGUCCAUCCGACUAUCUGUUCUGUUUGUCAUAAGGAAAAUUUUACCGGAUUUCGUUAUCGAUGUCAGCGGUGUCACGCCUACCAGUUGUGCCAGGAGUGCUUUUGGCAUGGCAAGACAUCACUGAAUCACCAAAACGAUCACGAAGUCAAGGAAUACUCGAGCUAUAAGUCUCCCAGCAAACAGAUCGGACAUUCGUUAAGGAAGAGCUUUCGAUGUGUGCCUGAAAAGACUGCACAAGUGUUGCCACGAUUCCCCGAACAGCCGGAGAAGACACUCAAUUUGUCGCAUAUAGUGCCGCCCUCGCCAUUGCCAUCACAUAAUGGCUUCUCCGAUCCGAGCUUAUUACAUGGCUAUGAUAGAAGUAGCACUUUAGAUUCUAGAGCUACGGGAAGAAGUUUAGAUAGUGCUGGUGGAACGUCGAUAUCACGGGUAGCAGCUGCUUCAGCUAACGAUGAGGAACAUCGAUUGAUCGCCAGAUAUGCAGCCCGACUUGCCCAAGAAAACAGAGCACCCUCCGGAAUGGCGACUGAAAAUUCCACUAUUACCACGGACAAUUCCCGUGCCCAGCGUGAGCUUAUCGCUCAGCUGGAGUCGAAAAACAAAGAAAUUAUGCGUGAGAUUGCCCGCCUGCGCCGACAGCAAGAAGCCGAACAAAUGACUCCCGAAAACCCGGCCCUAAUAAAUGAAUUGCGAGCGUUGCGACAGCGCAAGGGUGAACUCGAAGGGCAUUUGGGGGCGCUUCAAGACUCACGUCGCCAACUCAUGGACCAGCUUGAAGGUCUAAUGCGAAUGCUAAAGAACCAACAGACUGCAAGUCCACGUUCCACACCCAAUUCUAGUCCACGAUCGGGUAAAUCGCCACCGAUGCCCGGAAAUCAGCAAAACUCCGUUCAGCAACAGCAACAACAACAGUUAUUACGAUCAUCAGCAUCACAACAACAACAGCAGCAACAACAUCAUCAGAUUCCGCCCAAUUGUCAGGCCCAAUCAAUGCACAAUAAUGCUAAUUCAUUGGAACAACAGACCCUGAAUCAAUUGAAUGAAGUGCGAGCCGCCUUUCAUUCCAAUGGAACAUCGAAUGAUGAUCCUACAAAAGACUUAUACUAUGCAGCUGAUACAGUGUCAUCGGCAAUGUCUUCACUAGUCCGUGAACUAAAUUCAGUGAAAUAUUAUUCAGAAAGUCCACCAAAAAAGGAAACGGGGCCAACAUUUAUUAAACCACUUGAUUAUUAUCCAAAUAGAAAGAACAGAAAAAAAUAAGUUUAAUUUAUUUUUAUAUGUACAAAAUGAUUGGCUCCUCGUUAUUUGUCCUCCUAUCCUACUAAAAUGCAACACGCCUAUUCUAUUCCACAAAAAAAAUUCUAUCUACCUCUACUUUAUGUGUUUAAACAAAAUAUUAUCUAAAACAAAAUCACAAAAAAGCUGAUGAUUUUCCUGAAAUCCAUGAGAUUGGCGAAACUAUUGACGACAUGCAAAUUAUAAUGUAUGCCCACAUAUUGAAGUAUUGUGUAAAUUGCUAACCCGAAUUAUUCGCA